UAUGGAGGGUCGAGAAGAGGGAACUGUGAUGGUCGCCAAUAUAAGGAAAGAUAUCCGCGUUACACUGAUCAUGUCGACGUGAAAAAAACGACAGGCAUAGACAUGGAACAAGACGAUCUCGGUCAUUUUGUAUCAAAGAUCAUCGAAGCUGAGAUCUUGUUCAAACAUCUGAAUCCUAGACAACAGGAGCAGGCUCUAGGAGUGAUCAGCUCAAUGUGCAAGACAUGUGAGCAGGUUGUGGGAGGCUCCCAUCAUAGCUGGACUUCCCUAACACCACAGACCACCAAAAUUCUUGACAAAUAUUCCAGCCCCAAACAGGUGGUCCAAGGCAUUCUUUAUGAGCUAGUUAACCAGUCGGUAAAGGCAGCAGCUGACAAGUUGACCGUCUGGCCUUCUCAGAGACUGCGAGAGCGGCGAUGGUCACAUGUGAAAGUUGAAGACGGUCAUGAAAGUGAAGAAGAAGAUCAAGAAGAUACUGGAGACAUUUCAGACAAUGACAUUGAUACCGACUCCUGCAUAGAAGUCUCUCAAAGAAACAGGAAACAGCGAUAUCCAAGAAAGACAACUCUUACAGCACAAGUCAAAGGAACAAUCUACACAGGUAAAAAGCGAGGGAGGAAGCCUAAACACCUGAAAGUUGAAGACAUAGAGGCAGAAAUACUUCCAGAACCUAAAGUGGCACCAAUUAUCAUUAAACGUGGUCGAGGCCGGCCUCCGAAACGGAAAGUAUUCACAUGCGUUACUUGUGGACAAACUUUCACUCAUCAACAGUCACUAGUUGUUCAUGCACUUGAGCAUGGAGAACAGGCGAAAUCCUGUGAGAUGUGUAGUGAAGAAUUCUUAUCUCAAGAGAGUAUUGCUCUUCACCGAUGUAAGAAGAGAAAAAAAUCCAUAGUUGGCUUAAGGUUAUGUCGUGUUUGUGGGGAUGAAUUCCAAACCUCCAAACUUCUGAGGGACCAUAUGUGUAGUGAACAUGGUAUACAGAGGUCCCGGUUCUUCUGUGAGUACUGUCCCACUGGCUUCAUCAAGAAACAGUCCGUCUAUAAACAUUAUAAAAAACAUGCCGCUGGGAAAAUUGUUUGCAUGAAAUGUGGACAUUUCUCCGUAGACCUAGCUGCCCACAGUGAACAUUCCAGCACACAUAGGAAGACUGGUGCCUUCUCAUGCAACAAGUGCAGUGCCACAUUUGCAAAGUCACAACAUUUUGAACGACAUUCCGCUAAUGAGCGAGCUUGUUCCCUGUGUGGCUCGCGUUACUGCACACGGCGUGGACUAGGUCGUCAUCUAAAGGAUGAGCAUGGUAUCAUACAGAGCAAUGAUGGCAAGGUGUAUAAGUGUGAUGUCUGCUGCAAGGCUUUCGACCGACCAUAUACUCUUGAAGUACAUAAAAGAAUUCACACAGGAGAGCGGCCUGUAGAAUGUACAGCCUGUAAAUUGUUUUUCCGGACUGGAAAGGCACUGUUUAAACACAAACAGACGUACACACAUUCCAUAAAGGCCGGGGAGGAGGUAAAGGAACGCACCUUCCUAUGUUCUACCUGUGGGAAGGCUUACUUCAGGAAACAUGCUCUGCAGCGCCACAUGAGUUACCAUACUGGUGAGAAACCACACACGUGCCAGUACUGCGGUUAUAGCUGUCGCGAACCAAACAAUCUCAAACGCCAUAUGUCACUUCACUUUGAGUCACAGAGGAACUUUGUCUGCGAGAUCUGUGGGGCAGCUUUCCAUGCCAAGAAAACCCUCGAGAUGCACCAUGCAUAUAAACAUAAUGAGGACAGAAAGUUCACUUGUGAUCAGUGUUUUCUUACAUUCAAAGCUAAAAAUGCGUUAAAACGUCAUAUGAAGGUGCAUUCUGCUGAGAAGGAGUACAAGUGUUGGUGUGGCACUGCAUUCAAGCGUAUGUACAACUUGCGUCGCCAUCUGAAAGCCGUCCAUGGUGCUGACGACCUCCUUCCACCAGUGCGCAGAGUUAAUACGCUUGACAGUGAGAAGAAAAAUCCAGGGUCACGCACAGACUCCCUGCCAAUGGACAAAAUUUCUACAAGUGGACGCAAAAAAAGCACAAAGAAAUCACUUACAGCAAAGUUUGGAAGUUCAGAUCACGAUUAUUUUGAAGCACGAACAACCUCCACAUCAGGCAGCAAACCUGAGGAAUCUGUUGUCAAUGGAAACAUGACAUCCGACCCGAACCAGUCUAAUGAACCCAUGCAGUUUAUUGCUGUUACAUCAACUGGCCCAAACAUUUCUCAAGCCAUGGUGAUAGACAGACAGACAGACUUGAUGACCCACCUAGCUCCCUCACCUACACAAUCACCGCGGCAACCUGUUCCCCUGUCGCUACAGCAUGGUCAGUCCCACCUCCCAGCACAGCAUUAUAUCCAUCCCCCAUCACAAAUUUCCUCCCAGGCAGGACAGGGACGAACCAAGUUUGACACCCAUGCUGGUAUCUAUGGUAACGGAAUGGAGAGACAGCAACAUCCUCAAGGGAUGGAACCAAACAACAUGUACAUGCAGAGCAGCAAUGCCAUAGGGGGCAACAACUUUAUCCCUCAGGCUGUUGCCUACUCUACUAUAAUGCGUGAAUAUGGAACUCAGUUUCAAUUUAUUCCUGAUCCCUCCAACCCAAGCUAUCACAACUUUGUCAAGUAACCUCUGACCUAUCUUACCUGUGUCAUUGACAGCUGACCUCUUCUAGGUUUGUCAUGUAAAUUUGACCUUCUUACUGUUAUCUGUGACCUCUUUGACAUGAAGUAGGUAUGGCAUUAUCUUUCCAUAUUUAUAUAUAACUGAUUUAUCAGGUAGAUUUAGUUAUUAGUUCACCUGAUAUGA